CACCAACUACCCAUGCACAUCAGCCCCUACCCCGGCCAGGAGAGCAAACAAUUCUGAAUUCUCUCUCCAGGAAGAAAAGAAAAAAUUCCUUUUCAUUUGUGCAGUCAAUGACAAGCCAGACCAGGCAGGAUGGAAUUGAAUUGAAUCCGCUGGCUCCAGCUGUUGCUGCCGCGGAUCUAGCAAGUUUGAAAUGAUUCAAGUUGAUCCAGAGUGCGGUGUUUGAGUAGUAAGAGGGUCGAUCAGGCUUUUCCCCAGUUCCAGGUCGCACAACAGCUGUCAUAUUAGCCUUGGGGAAGGGGCAAAUCAUCCAACCACGGUGCGUCUAGAAUCACGGACAGCUCCAGCCCCAGCCGGGCUGGCAUCCUUGCAUGCUCAAGUUUGGCUUGAUACUGCAAGCAAUACUGUAGUAGUUUGACGAUAAGCUUGACAGAAAAGCGGCCGGAAACAAAUGGACUGUUUGAUUGUCUAUAUCGAUAUCGACGGCCGCCGCGUCUAAGUGACCAACAAGAUGCUGCUGAUCUCGAUGUAUCUAGUUCUUCCAAGUCAGAACCUGCAUUGCUCGUUUGUCACAGGUCGAUAUACAGCAAUUCUGUUGCCGGCUCUCUCCGCCGAAAUGGAAUCUUAGUUGAAGCCUGGUCGGGCCAAAAGGAAAAAUUCCCUGCCGUUCUAGACGAUAGGCUUGUCUUGCCUAUGCAACGGGGCGAUACACCCAAAACAUGCGGGCAAUCAUGGUCGUCGUCCGGUUUGGCAUUGGUGUGCGUCCCACAUAUCCGUCUGCCACGAGGAGCCCUUGCGGUGCGGAAGCCUGCAUGAGUCAAACUCGCUAAGCCGGUGGUUGCGUACCAUUCACCGCGGCAUAUUUGACUUCAGGCUCGCGGAAGCCGUCUUCGUUUGCAAGCCUCGCCGCACGCAGGUAAUCGUGGCUCUUGUGCCGAAGCCUACCCAUCGCAUGUGGAUCGAAACACACAGUUCAUAUGUUUGCUCUCUCUCAUCUUCGAUGGGCUGGCUGGGCGAUACAAUAUAUAUGGAGCGUCCAAAGGCAAAAACCGCCCUCACAAGUCUGUGACACUCACUCGCUGUGCUCACGACCACUCGUACCAUCUUGCACAUACACAUACCAUUUUUUCGGGCUGUUUAAUCGACCUCCCUCUCGGUUCUUUUCUUCGCCGCCACAAUGCCUCAAACACAGCCGGUGGGACCAAGGGCGCCAAAGGAUGAUUUCAUGAGAGCCUUGGGGUUGAGCACCACCGACCCACGCCAUGAGGGUUACUACCGGGCCAUGCGGGAGGAAGCCAUUGCUGUAUACAACAGAUUGAAUUCCGACCGAUCCAGCCUGAUUGAUGAAAAACGAAACGAUGCCUCCACCACGCCUCCUUUCUUUUGGCACCACAUCCGUCCAGAGCGUCGCCGACAAGCAAUCAUCGAUACAUGGCAACUGGCAAAACCAGGAACCAUUCAACGCACGCUGUUUGAUCGUGGUGCAACGACCGGCGAACAUGCCCCGAAUUGGGUCACUCUGUGGUUGCUAUACAGUGUCUUCCGCUCCAGAGACAUUCGCAACAAUCGCAAUCGCCGGGCUGGAGAAAGUGGUGCUGGGGGAGGUCACAGUUCGGGAUCCCACGACGCUGCCAUUUUCGACCCUGCCAGAGACAAGUAUGUGCGUCGUUGAGGCGGAUUGUGGUUGCAACAUCGGGUGGCAUAUCUGUAUGAUUCUGGGGAGGCUAUCGGGUAGAUCUUAAUGGUGUUUAAUCGUCAUCUUCGUCCUCA